GGAGCUAUGGCUAAACAUCACCCGGACUUGAUCUUUUGCCGCAAGCAGGCUGGUGUUGCCAUUGGAAGACUGUGUGGAAAAUGUGACGGCAAGUGUGUGAGCUGUGACUCCUGUGUGUGUCCCUGCACCCUGGUGCGCAUAUGUGAUGAAUGUAACUAUGGGUCUUACCAGGGACGCUGUGUGACCUGUGGAGGCCCCGGGGUUUCCGAUGCCUAUUAUUGCAAGGAGUGCACCAUCCAGGAGAAAGAUAGAGAUGGUUGCCCAAAGAUUGUCAAUUUGGGGAGCUCUAAGACAGAUCUCUUCUAUGAACGCAAAAAAUAUGGCUUCAAGAAGAGGUGAUUGGUGGGCUGCCUCUUCCU